CACACCAACACAACACACCAAACGACGAUGGCGUCCCUCACGCCAUCGCAGGCUGAGGCUCUCGAGCAGCUGCACGCCAUCGUAGCGUCAGAGACGGACGCAUCGCGCGCACGCGACGAGCGCGUGCUGAGGGAGCACAACUGGGAUGUGCAGCGGGCAAUCAACUCGAUCUUCUCGGGCCAGGACCGCUCGGGCCCUUCGUCGCGCGCCUCGGGGUCCAAGGCCGCAACUGAGGGCUCGGCGUCCACCGAGAAGGAGGCCGACGACGGCGACCUCUCCCUUGGCGGCUAUGGCAACCGGCGUGUCGGCACGCCGGGGGCCGGCAUUGGUCGUGGUGGGGCGAGGCCGCGCGCACGGCCCGGAGCGGCUGGCCUCAGCCUGUGGGAGACGUUCGUGUGGCCCUUUGGCCUCAUUGCGUCGCUUCUCACCGGGACGUGGUACUUCUUCAUCCGCACCUUUGUCCCGCUCUCGCUCCUCCCCCACCUGCCGCGCUUCCUCCUCCCUCCACCUUCUCGUGCACCGCCUAGUGGCCCACGCGACCCCACGACCGCCGCGCUCCGCUUCGUGAGAGAGCUCGAGGCGCUCGCGGGCGGCUCGGCGUCGGCCGGCACCCUCCCAGAUCUCUGGGUCGGGCCGUACCGCGAGUUCCUGUCCGAGGUGCGCAAGCAGGGCAAGGUCGGCCUCGUGGUGCUUGUCAGCAGCGAGCACGAGGACGACGAAGAGUUCAAGCGCGACGUGCUUGCCGACCCCGAGUUUGUGCGCACCCUCAAGGAGCACGACAUCAUGAUCUGGGCAGCGGACAUUGGCAGCAGGGAGGGGUACAUGGUGUCCCAGACGCUGUUGACCACAACGUACCCUGCGCUCACGUUCGCGUCGCUGUUGCCGGCGCAGAACAGCUCUACGCCCAGGCUCACGAUCCUCACCACGCUCCAGGGACCGCCGUCGACGGCGACGAGCACCUCGACGAUCAUCCAGACCAUCACCACGUCGGUUCUGCCGCGCACCAACGCCUUCCUGGCGCGGCUGCGACGCGACCGCUUCGCAUUGGAGGAAGCACGGCAUCUCCGAGAAGAGCAGGAUAAGGCGCUGCGCGAGGCGGAACGAAAGGACCGCGAGAGACUGCAGGCGGCGCGCGCGCAGGCCGACCUCGAGCGGGUACAGCGCGAGCGGGCGGAGCGCGAGGCCGAGCUGCAGGCCAAGGCGCUCGCCGACCGGCGUCAGUGGAGGCGGUAUGCGCGCAAGCAUCUCCUCCCUGCUGCUGCUGGGCCAUUGAGAGUGGCGGUGCGCACACCGCUGAACGCGGAGCGCAACAUCCGCAACUUUGCCCCGGGGCCCAGCACGCUCCCGCUGUUCCUCUACACCGAGACGCUGCUCAUCCCGCCACACGACGACCCGGCCGAGGACCCGGACACGCCGCCCGAGGGGUACGUGCAUGCGUGGGGCUUCCGCCUCGUGACGUCGUUCCCGCGCAAGGAGAUUGAGCUGCUCGAGGACGGCGCCGAGGACUCGUGGGCGACGGUCAAGAGCGCUGGAGGCGCGCUGUUUGCCGAGAAGAUCCCCGGCGGUGACUGGGGAGACGCAGAGGCCAAGGCGCUCAAGGGCGAGGAGGAGAGCGACGACGAGGUCGUAUCUGACGACGAAUAGAGGGGAGUAGAUGCACUGCUGUUUGAAUGAG